AUGUCACGAUACAGAGACGCUGACCUGGCGUACGGUGAUAUUCCACAGCGAUGGGAUCGAGAGCGUUUCGAACGCAUUGGCAGCAGAGGGAGCGGACCGCGCUUCGAGGAGGACUUCCGCUAUGAAGAACGAGACCGUCCAGGUCGUCGCGAUGUGCUCGUGGCUGACCAUAUUGAAGGCCGCGACUCACGGGGACGCUUUGAAGAGAGCGACCGCUUUUUCGAAGAACAAGAGGCACGAGCACGGGCAGCCUCACGUCGACGACGACGGACGGAUAGGGAGUUGUUUGGUGACAUCGACCCUCGCGAGGUUGCUGACAUGGCUCUCGCACCGUACGUCCCGCCUGCUCGCCCUAGCAUCAUCCGCCGCCAGAGUAGUCUGGAUACCUUUGAUCGGCGAACAGUUCGACGAGGAAAGGAAGAUUAUCGCAUCCCGGCAUACACGCCAGUGCCGCUGCCUGUCCGUCGCAGACACCAUCAUGAUGACUGGGAGGAUCCGGAAGACUACCGAGAGGUAGAAAUUCAGCGUGAACGCUCAAUACAUCGCCGGCGUGGCCCCAAGUCGGUCAAAGAGGAGAGUAAGGCGCCUAGCAAGGCACCCAGCAAGGCGCCCAGCAAAGCUCCAAGCAAAGCGCCCAGCAGCUCAAGCAGCAGUAGCAGCAGUAGCAGCUCGAAUACGGAAUACGUUCCACCUCCACCCAAGAGCCGUGCAACCAGCCGUGCUCCUAGCACCAAACCGCGCGAGUCGGUCCACGAGACGUCGAUUGAGAAGGCCCCGACACCUCCUCCCGCGCCACCUGCACCUAGUGUGAAGAGCACCUCGUUCGAGGCAAGCAUCCGACAGGAGAGACGUUUCAAGAAGGGCAAGACCCGCAUGCCCAAACGUCUUGUCCGUGUGGAGGCGAUCAUGGACCUUGGCUAUCCUUUCGACGAAGAAGAGGACUUUUUCGUGCUCAGGAUCGCACUGGAAAAGGAGCAGAUUGACGAAGUCAUCCACAUCAGUGAGACAUACAAAGAUGGAGAAAAGAAAAAAGUGUACAAAUUCGAGAAGACCGUCGAAGAAGACGACAGCCCUGCAGGCGCCGAACACGAGGAAAUUGAACGAACCGAAUGGAUCAAUCCCCCGACCAUUAUUGGAGCACGCUCUAGAGCCAAAUCGAUUCUCAUCGAAGAGCACCGCUCUCCAGCGCCUCCGCCACCGCCUGCUGCGCCCGAGUACUACGAGAAAGAAGAACGCAUUGUGGAAGAGCGCACGCCAGCAUCACACCAUCACCACCACCACGAUCAUCAUGGGGGUGCUCUGAUCGUGCAGGAACGCGAAUGGCGUUCAGAUCGUGACAUCAACGCCGAGAUUCGAGCUCUGGAARCCGAACGGCGCGCCCUACGAUUCGAGCGUGAGGCCGAGCAGAAGCGUGAUCUCGCAAUGCGGUUGCGCGAACGGCGUUCGGCGGAUGACCUUCAGCUGGUCGAGUACCGCCGACCCGCGAGGGAGGAAUUGGUCGUUUACGAACGCGAAAAGAGUCCUCCGAGAAAUGUCAUCCGGGUUGAGAAGGAUCGGAAAGCUGCGAGGAAAAAGAAGCUUUAUGGAGCUGCUGUGGCUACCCUUCUGUGA